CAGGUGGUGGGCAUUUUUUAUGCGGAAGUCAUUAGACAUUAGACCAAUUCUAGACGCCGAGUUGGACGCUGGUGUUUUGUCGGAUUUUGUUUCUGAUUGCAUUUACCAAGCAAGCGUCAAAUUUGUUCUAUUAGACGCUUGGAGCCAGGCCAAAGAUAGGCCAACUUAUUUACACCCACAGCACGAUUCCAAUUUAUACCUGAAUUAUUUUAAGAAAAAGAAUUGUCGCUGUGCGCAAUUUCAUGUGUCCCUCUACAGCGUAUGCGUCGAUGAUCUAGGAAAUCUAGAGUGCAGUGUCGAUAACCCAGUAGAAGUAAGGAGGUUAAUGAAGGAUCGGGCUUUUUUAAAUCUGUAAACAUUAGACUAGACAGGAGAAUAAUUGAUUUCAUAACUAUAAAAAUUUUGUUGAGAAACUGAAAGGAUUUUUAUAUUUGCUUGAGUAGCAAGUGAUUAUUCGUAUAAAACAUGGCUCAUUACAAGGGAGCGGCCAGUGAAGCUGGUCGAGCCAUGCAGCUAAUGAAGAAGAGAGAAAUUGCACAGCAAGAGAUAGAGCUGCGUAAAAAGAAAAUUGAAGAUGACUUGAAGAUUCAUAAUAUAGAGAAUAAGUUUGCAACUCAUUACAAUGCUGUUGAACAACAAUUGAAAACUUCCACUAUUGGUCUUGUUACGUUGAAUGAAAUGAAGGCCAAGCAGGAAAAUAUAGUGAAGGAACGCGAAAGGAAACUUGCUCAAAAGGAACGAGAGAAAGAGCAGGAAAAGGAGAGAGCAUUAGCAGCUAAGCAAGCAGAAAAGAACAAACAAAAACGACAGAUCCAGGCAUUGUCUUUUAAUCUGGAGGAAGAAGAGACUGAAGUUUCUGAUGAUGAAGUCAAGGAAACGCCUAUAAAAUCUGAAGAAAAGCAACAGAAUGGACAUGUAAUUAAGAAAAUCAAGAAAAAUCCCGAUGUCGAUACGAGUUUUCUACCGGACAGAGAGAGGGAAGAGGAAGAAAAUAGACUUCGGGAGGAAUUGAGGCAAGAAUGGGCAAUGAAGCAGAACGCGUUGAAGGAGGAGGAAAUUGAAAUUACAUUCAGUUACUGGGACGGAUCAGGUCAUCGCCGAAGUGUUAUAAUGAAGAAAGGUAAUUCCAUUUACCAACUUCUUCAGAGAUGUUUAGAAGUGCUGAGACGUGAAUUCAGUGAACUUAAAACAGUGAUGGCAGACCAAUUGAUGUAUGUCAAAGAGGAUCUUAUAUUGCCACAUCACUACACAUUUUAUGAUUUUAUCGUAACGAAAGCACGAGGAAAGAGCGGACCUUUGUUCACAUUCGAUGUUCACGAUGAUAUUCGAGUUAUGCAUGACGCUUCUGUUGAAACCGAGGAGUCACAUGCUGGAAAAGUUCUACUCAGGUCUUGGUACGAGAGGAACAAGCAUAUCUUCCCAGCAAGUAGAUGGGAACCUUUCGACCCAACGAAGAGUUACGACAAGUAUACAGUGUCGGAUAAAAAUAGGAAGAAGGACAAAAUCUGAUAAAUUUGAACGCAAACUAUCCGGUCUAGCACAGGAAUAAUAAUAAUAUCGGGUUUGUUCUUUUUCGAAAAACUUUUGAACUAGUGCAAUAAAUUAGAAUGAGACAAAAAAUGUCUGUUUCAUUUCAACUUAUUGUAAUUCAUAAGUCCUUCGAAAAAGUUCUUCGCAAAAGGACGGACCUAUUAUUUUAUAUUUGAGAGCUCAAGUCCAAAUUACGAUUGUAAAAUAUUAAUUUUACGACCGUAUUGGUAGGUACUCCAAUAUAUGAAUGACAUUGUGAUAUACAUAUACAUGUGUAUAUAUGUAUCUAUAUCGCGUAUGUUGUAAUUACUCUGUGAUUUUGGUGUAAUUAGCUUAGGUUAAUUCAGUAGAUUAAUUAGUUUAUAAAGUGGAUUUAUAAUUUUUAUUUAAUUAAUUAAUAUAUUAGUAUAUUGCGUUAAUAUAUCAUUAGUUGUAAGUUUUAUUUGAUUAGUCUAAAUAGAUUUAUAAUAAUUAAUUAAUAAAUUACAUGAUAAGCUACAUGUAAGUUGCUGAAAGACUUAGAUAAGGACUUUGAAUAUAAGGAUCUUAAAGUAGGUGGGUAAUAUUGUCAACAAGAUUGCGUUCUUGUCUCAAUUUAUUAAACAACAGUUGAACACGAUAAAAUCACUUUCCGUAACGGGUAUCGUCGGGAAAUGUAUCCGCGAGAGUUGCGUCGAACUCUUCAAAAUGUAAUUGUACAAAAUUAAUAAAUACCGAUAAUGUA